AUGGGCGAUAACGGCAAUCCAACAUGGCUGCUCAGUUGCAGCAGCUUCAGCAGCAGAUCGAGCAGAUGCGGAAGGCUCAACAAGAUAGAGAACCGCAACCACAGGCAAGACUUCGAGAUCAAGCCCGGCAUGAUCGCUCUAGUCAAGGAUCACAUCUUCCAUGGACUUCCUGCUGAGAUUCCGGCGGACCAUAUCCAGAACUUUGAGGAGAUAUGCAGCACGACUGGUUCGAAUGGAGUACCGGCUGACUUUCUGAAGUGCAAGCUAUUCCCGUUCUCACUUGCCAACAAAGCAUCUCGCUGGCUGAAGUCAUUACCACCUGGGUCUUUGACUUCAUGGGACCAAGUUAGAGCAGCUUUCCUGGACCACUUCUACACGAAGUCCAAGAAUGCAGCUCUAAGGACGAAGAUCGCAUCUUUCCAGCAGUAUGAUGGAGAAGCUUUCUGCGAAGCAUGGGAGAGAUACAAGGAGUGCCGAAGAGAGUGCCCUCAUCACGGAUACUCUGACGAGCAGAUCCUGAGCAUCUUCUAUGAUGGAGUCAACUGGGACUACAGGAACGCUUUGAACGCAGCCAGCAAUGGCGAUUUCAUGACGAAGUCCAAGGAAGGUGCAUUCGAGCUGAUCGAGAAUCUUGCAGCGAGCUCGAGCAACAAGAACGCUGAGUACGACAGAACAGUGAGCACUGUAUCUGUCAAAGGAAGCAGUGCUGAAGCGAAGAAGAUUGAGGAGCUCACGGCCAAGGUGAAUCUAUUGAUGAAGGCGCAGCAGAAGUCUGUUCAUUUUGUUGACGAAAAUGAUGCACCUAUCUCUCAAGAGUUUGGAGGAGAAGGAUGA